AAAACAGAAUUUCUUCUGAGAUUUGAACAUUAAGAAUACACAUGCAGAGGAAGUGAACAGAAAAUCUUCAGUGGAGUUGGGUUAAACAUAUAUCUACCCAGAGUCCAUCUUGAAGAUGGCAGGCUCUUAGCCAUCAGUAACAUCCUAGAAGGAGAUCAUGUGGAUAUUUUAGAUCGUUCUCUGUCACUUCUGUUGUCUCUCCUCUCACCUUCACCCCCUUUUAACCUAUUCCCAGAGAUCCUGGGUAUCAUCACCAGAAAGCAUAUGUGAAGCAAGACUGGAAAACCUAUUCCCCUUUAAUAGAACACAUUAGCAGAGUUCUCCUUACUGUGAAGUAAGAAAAAAGCAUAAUGGAACUAGAACAAAGUCAGUGAUAAGCAGUUAACAUAGUUAAACAAAUGUAGUGGUUUUCACCUAAGAGCAGACUGAAAGGACUAGGAUUUGUCAGUCUGGAAUGAAGAUCUGUUCUGAGGACCAAGAUGCAUUUGGGGGAUGGUUACAGAAAUGAGCCAUGGAUUUCUCUUUGAUCAAGCAAACAGUUCGGGAUACACAGUCCAAGGAUGAAUGUUCACCGCGGCACUGAGAACGACAGGUUAUUGCGGCAGGAGGCCAGCUGCCUGAUGGAUGAAGCUUCAGCUGCAGCUCAAGAAAAAGAAGCAAAUAGUCCAGCUUCCUCUGGUCUUCAAAAUCUUACUUAUCCUCUAGGUCCCAGGAAUGAUGACCUUCCACUUGACUCUGCCUCUCAGCCAGCAAAUCUUCCGUUCCCUCACAUGAUGUCACUUCCCGAAGAUGUCAAAGGCUCUUGCUUCCAAAGUGGGAAUAAACGGAACCAUGAACCCUUCAUUGCUCCAGAGCGAUUUGGAAAUAGCGCUGUGGGCUUUGGCUGUAACAUUCACUCUCAGGCGCCAGAGAAAGUGACACUUCUUGUAGACGGCACACGUUUUGUUGUCAACCCACAAAUUUUCACUGCUCAUCCGGAUACCAUGUUGGGCAGGAUGUUUGGACCAGGAAGAGAGUACAACUUCACACGUCCCAACGAGAAGGGCGAGUAUGAGAUUGCAGAAGGAAUCAGCGCAACUGUAUUCAGGACGGUGCUGGAUUAUUAUAAAACUGGUAUCAUCAAUUGUCCUGAUGGCAUCUCUAUACCAGACCUUAGAGAUACGUGUGAUUAUCUCUGCAUUAACUUUGACUUCAACACUAUCCGAUGUCAAGAUCUGAGUGCUUUACUGCAUGAACUGUCUAAUGAUGGUGCUCACAAGCAGUUUGAUCACUACCUCGAAGAGCUGAUCCUGCCCAUCAUGGUGGGCUGUGCCAAGAAAGGGGAGAGAGAAUGCCACAUUGUCGUGCUGACGGAUGAGGAUUCUGUGGACUGGGACGAAGAUCACCCCCCACCCAUGGGAGAGGAAUAUUCUCAAAUUCUUUAUAGCUCUAAGCUCUACAGAUUUUUCAAAUACAUUGAGAAUCGGGAUGUUGCUAAAACAGUGUUAAAGGAACGGGGCCUGAAAAACAUUCGCAUUGGAAUUGAAGGUUAUCCUACCUGUAAAGAAAAAAUUAAGAGGAGACCUGGCGGCCGGUCUGAAGUAAUCUAUAAUUAUGUGCAGCGCCCCUUUAUCCAGAUGUCAUGGGAAAAAGAAGAAGGAAAGAGUCGCCAUGUGGAUUUCCAGUGUGUUAGAAGCAAAUCCCUCACAAAUCUAGUAGCUGCUGGAGAAGAUGUCUUGGAGGACCAAGAAAUCUUAAUGCACCAUCCACCCCAAGUGGAUGAACUUGACCGGCUGAAUGCCCCACUUUCUCAGAUGGCUUCUAAUGACUUUCAGGAUUAGGGCCGGCUGUGGGUCUGUCCCUCUGCAGGCCUUGUCUCUGUGUGGGAUGCCCAGCCAGUACUCCCCUGUUUGUCUCACAUGCUUCUCCCCCAUCCUUUCCUCUUUCCCCAUAAUUAACCUGUAUCCUUUUCAGUAAGCCUGUGCCUCCGGCAGAGGAUGAAAAAGCAUUCGCUGGUAAUUCAACUACCAGCUUUGCAGCAGCCCUGGAAACUUGAAAAUUUGGGGUCUGGUGCUGUUCACCAAGUCUGCAUAACUGUGGAAGCAGAAAAGGAAGUCAGGACUCCUGUUGCCUCAUAUUUGGCAAAGCAGUUCUCGUCCUUCACACUCUGUUCUUGGUUGUUGUUUGUUUUGUUUAAUACCAGGCGAAUUACUUAGCAGCAAGGGACCAAACUUAAAAGGAGACAAUCUGUACCUUCUACAAACACACACUGAUGGGAUGCCCAUUAGAGGUUAGUGAAGGUACCAUCCUGGUGGCAUCUGUGCCCAGGCUGCAUCUGGGAAGAAAUAGGCUCUUAACACAAAAUGUUCAAAAGGAAAUUCUUUUUUUUUUUUUUUUAAUAUUUAUUUAUUUGGCUGUACCAGGUCUUAGCUGCAGCA